CGUCGGUCUCGAGAAGCUGCGGAGGAGGUGCCGUGAUAGGCCCAACCGGACUGCUGAAGAGAUCAAGAAGGGCAUGUGGGGCGUGCACGCCUCUUCCGCCUUGGGCCCGGAAGGGUGAUGUGGCUGGGGCAUCGCUGGCCUCACUAUGUCUGCCAUUUUCAAUUUUCAGAGUCUGUUGACUGUAAUCUUGCUGCUUAUAUGUACCUGUGCUUAUAUCCGGUCCUUGGCACCCAGCCUCCUGGACAGAAAUAAAACUGGACUAUUGGGAAUAUUUUGGAAGUGUGCCAGAAUUGGUGAACGAAAGAGUCCUUAUGUUGCAGUAUGCUGUGUAGUGAUGGCCUUCAGCAUCCUUUUCAUACAGUAGCUUGGAAAAAUGCCAGAAUUUAAUUGCCGUCAGACUUCAGUGUGAACAAGGACUUAUCUGCAGAAAAUAAUGGAAAGAAUGGUUAACCCUUUUAUCUCUGAACAUUGAAUGAGAGAAAUUUCCAGAUGGUGUUCUCUAUUUUUAUGUUAUUGGACCAAUGUUCUGUAUAAAUAACUAAGAUACAACCAUUUGAUACGCAGAGUUUAAUAGUCUGUAACAAUCAACCUCAGUACUGUUGCUACAAUAUUACAUUUUGUGCAAAUGUCAUUCUGUUGUGUCUGAUAUCAGUUUUUAGUAGAGUAUUUUUAAGGCACAUAGUAGAAAACAAAAUUGGUGAAUUACUCAAGUUCCUUUCACUGUGAUUUGGAAAUGAUAAGUCUUUACAGAAUGAGACCUUUUUGGAUUAGCUUUUUAAUUGAGAAAUGGUUCAAUUUUGUGUUGGUAAGGAUUGCAUUCAUAUUCAAUAAUGUUUGCUUUUCCUCUGGCCACACGAGUUUGACCAUUAACCAGAGUGCCUCUACUCUUAACAAAUUUUGUAGUUUAUUACAGGUGUUUAAAAUAUUUAAAACAAGCCCAUGCAGGAGUCAGAUAAAUGGAAUGUGACUUAAAAGCAGUACUAGGAAAAUGUUUAUAUUUAAUAUAAGAGGGUUUAGACUAGCCUGAUUGACUAUGGAUAUGUCUUAAGCAUGAGUUUGAACAGCUAGCUGUUGUUCUCUGAAAAAGAUAACAUUCUUAGAAUGAAAAGAACAAAACAGAAUGAUUUGUAGGAUGAUAAUUCAGUGGUUUCUAUUCUAUUUAAUGUUGACUUUUCAAAAUGUUCAUUUAUUUUAGUUGCCCCCUCAAAUGAACUGAAUUUAAUAUAGCACUUUCAAUCUAGUUUAUGUUCUGCCAACUUGAACUAGAAUCUCUCAUAACUUUUUAGAUGAUAAACAGAUCUCAUAUCUACCAUCUACACUAAUGUCAUAAAUAUCUUUCUAUGAGCUUUUAUAUCGAAGGAAGACUAAUUUUUAGUCAAUAAAACAAAUAUUGGGAAUAUGACUUAUAGAUCUCAUAAGAGAACAGUUAUAAAUUUAUGGUUAACAUUUCUUUAGGUCAAGCUAAAAUUUACAUACUAUUUCAAAGCUAAGAGGAGCUUAAAUCUUACCAAAAAUUUCCCCAUUGUAGGUAGUGUUUAUAUUAGAUGUUAUUUUUAAUCUAUUAGUAUCUGCUUCUAUAGAAACAGUAUAGAAUUUGAAACUAUCAAUUUUUAAAAGCCACUUUAAACUACUUGGAAUGAAUCCUAGGAAACAUCUAGUACAGUUUAUGUAUUGCCCUGUCUAUGGUUGGUUAUCAGUUUAAAGGCCACUUUAAACUACUUGGAAUGAAUUCUAGGAAACAUCUAGUACAGCUAAUGUAUUACCCUGUCUAUGGUUGGUUAGAAGUGGCAUUUUAUUUUGGACAAGCAAUCUGGUUAUGAUAAUUGUUUCUACUCUGAACUACAUCUUGGGCUUUGCAUUAGGUCAAGGAUCUUUAGGCUAUCCCCAAAAUAGGAAACUUGUCAGCAUACCCAUGCAGAGAAGUCACCUUUCUAGGUCUAAUUUCUGGGUGGCCAUCUGUUGUCCAACUCUGCUGCCAACUGGACUUUCCACAAAAGAUUUGUCAGCUUUUUUUUUUUUUUUUUUUAAUGAUAACACAAAUCUAGUAUGAAAAAGGAAAGAGGAUUCUAGAAAUCAGUUCUAAGAUAUUUUUAAUUUGGCAUUUUCAAGGAGGAGAUGGAAAGCAAAGGAAAAAAUGAUUUCCUUAGGAAAAUUUUUGGUACCCAGAGCGGUAGUGCAUGCCUAUAAUCCCAGCAGCUUGGGAGGCUGAGGCAGUAGGAUCGCAAGUUCAAAGCCAGCCUCAACUACAGUGAGGUGCUAUACAACUCAGUGAGACCCUGUCUCUAAAUAAAAUACAAAACAGGAUUGGAGAUGUGGCUCAGUAAAUUGAAAAAAAAAAGAAAAGAAAAAAAUUUUGUGGUAACAUAAAAUUUUACUGUGUAUAGGUGUUGAACAGAGUGGGAGGCAGCUUAUUCCUAACCCAAAACAUUCUGACCUUUUGAAACACAAGCUCUUUGAGAGGUGGGGAAAAGACACAAGAUCUAUGAAGAAAAGCAAUUAGCAUUUUCUUAUGUUUUUCAAGGAGUUACCAUUGAAUCUUGUUUUCUAACCCAAGGGCAGUGUAGAUGGUUUUAAGCCCACAGAAUAUUCAGAUAUUUGCCUACUAGUAGGUGGAAGGUGGUGAGAUGUAAAAGAGGAUUAAAGAUUGACCUAAGCAUCAAAUGCUCUCCCCUACAUCUGUCACAUAGACUUGCCACAGAACUUGAAGUUAGGAUGCAUGCAGAAGUUCGUAGCAUGCUAGGUUCAGAUGCUCUUCCUAGCUUCAUUUCAUUCUUUUGCUUCUUUUAAUUCCAUCUCUCUGAGAUUUUGUUUUGUGCUUAACACUUAGUUCCUGGUUAGUUUCAACUGUGCUAGCAACAGGAGUAGGUCUCCUUUCUGGGCAGUCUUAAAAGAGGGUCAAUCAAAAAGCCAGAGUCUAUAGAAUUCCCCCAUAAGCUUAAAAGUUGAGAUUCAAGUCCAAAAGUGUCUUGUUAAAGCUUGUUCUACUGUUCCAGGUACUCGCCUGAAUGUUCUUACAUGUUCACAUUCAAAAUAGUUUUCCAUGCUGGGGAAAAUAGCAAUAUGUAAUUUGUAAUAGACUUCUUCAUCUUAGUAAUAAGAUGAUUAGUCUAGUUUUACCUUAGGACAAAACAGCUUUGAAUGAAAUAAGUUUUCCAAGUUUACAAAGUAAAAAACAAACAGAUCUCUGCUUCUUUUUGUGAAAAAGAUUUAACACUUGUAAAUAAAAUAUUCAUGUGUCAAAAAGCAUUUAUAGAAUGCAUAUGUUAGAUUAUUGAAAAUAGAAGCGAUAAGUACUCAGUUUCUUCUCUGUAGUCAUAAUGUAGUAAGAAAUGAAGUUAUGUAUAUAAUGGAUAGCAGUUACUGAGAUAGUCCCAGGAUCUAUUUAUAAGACAAUAAAGAAGGUGACAGUUUUGUCAGAAUGUGAAUUUCUUUUCAGAAGAGCAGUGGAAAAGCUGAACUUGAAAGUGUGGUGCAAGAGCACAGUGGUGUUAUGAAGAUAUAAAUAAAUACCUAGUUUUUUGUGCCUAUUGCAGAGUAUUAAGACAGAAACCAAAAAGCUGGACAGACGUUAAAUCCUAAAGGGUCUUUUAUUUUUCUCAUUCCUAUCCAUCACCUACCUCAAAAUUGAAGUUGAAUAUGUUUUCCCUCCUGCCUAAUACAAAACUCCUUCAAGAAGAAGGUAGCUAGAGACAAUAACCUGUUAGGUUAGUAUUUUCAGGAGCUUGUACUCCAUGCCAAAAGCAUCCCUGAUGUUAAAGCACACAUCUCCCCAAGAAGUUAGGGUGACUACACUGUCUUGAUGCCCAGAAAAUAUUUCCAGUAAGCAGGGAUUUGCGCUUUUAUCAAGCUUUUGAGAAAUCACUGAAUCUUAACAAGCUCAAACAAGACUGGAAGACUCUUAGGGACCACUCUUCACUUCCUUGGUAUCCAUCCAUUAACAAUAAAUGUUCAAAAUAUGUAGCUAAUAUUAGCAUUGUGAGUUCUACUCAACCUUGAUAAUCUGCACAUCACUAAUAGCUUCUGAAAAGUACCUCCAACAUCAUAUACUGCCUUCCCUUGAUUGCUUUUACUUUGCCCAGACUAAUCCCAAAAUAAUCUGAAAUGCUACUUCAAUAUUAGGAAAAGGAAGAGAUAUAUGUCCUGUGAUUUUUUUUUAAGAGUAUAGAGAUACUCAUCCUAAUCUCUGGUUAGUUCAUAUGUCUAGUGUGUAAUAAAAAUUAAAGUGAACUUUCAA